AUGGCGGCGGUGGCGGCUUUGAGGAAUUUAAAAGAUGUGGCCCUUCGUACAAUAGACAACUUGGCGUCUGAACUUUAUGAACUGAACCAAAAGAUUUGGAAAAAGCCAGAACUUUGUUACCAAGAAAAUUAUGCUCAUGAAGUGUUAACUAAAUUCUUAAAUGAUAAAGGAUUCGAGGUGACACCCCAUCAUACCCUGGAUACCGCAUUCCGAGCAGUCAGUGGUCGCUGUACCAGACGAAUUGUAAGCUUUAUUUGUGAGUAUGAUGCAUUACCCGGUAUAGGACAUGCUUGUGGACAUAACCUGAUCGCUGAGGUUGGAGUGGGUGCCGCCCUGGGUGUGAAGGCAGCACUUGAUGUAGUCAAGCAAGACCUGGGGAAAGUUGUAGUUCUUGGAACUCCAGCAGAAGAAGGUGGCGGAGGCAAAAUUAAAAUGAUUGAAAAUGGUUGCUUUGAGGAGGUGGAUUUUUGUUUGAUGGCUCAUCCUAAAUCUUUUAGCUGUAUUUAUCCAACAUGCUUGGCAAUGCAAGCUGUUCAGGUCACAUAUCAUGGAGUAUCUUCCCAUGCAAGUGCUUUCCCUUGGGAGGGUGUUAAUGCAUUGGAUGCUGCCAUCAUGGCUUACAAUGCUGUCAGUGUGUUGCGGCAGCAGCUCAAACCAACAUGGCGUCUGCAUGGUGUCAUCACAGAUGGGGGAAGUAAGCCAAACAUUAUUCCUGAAAAGGCUUCAUUAGCAUAUUAUGUGAGAGCUCCCACUGAGGAAGAAUUAAUGGAUUUACGUAGCAAAGCACAUAGAUGUUUUGAGGCUGCUUCUCAAGCCACUGGUUGUACAGUGGACAUUCACUGGGAUUCUAUGUUCUAUUCCAACAUGGCAACUAAUGAACACCUUGCAGAGCUUUAUGGAGAGAAUGCACAGGACUUUGGCCUAACAUUUCCACCACGUGAAGAACAAGCAAAGGCAUCAUUUGGUUCCACAGACAUGGGAAAUGUGUCACAUGUUAAACCUUCCAUUCAUCCAUACUUUGACAUUGAAACAUCUGCUGCAAAUCACACUCAUGAGUUUACUGCAGCAUCAGGGAGGACAGAAGCUCAUGACAGGGCAGUUAUUCAAGCUAAAGUCAUGGCCAUGACAGCAUUAGAUGUACUGUGUAAUGAUCAGGCCUGGAAAGCAAUUGUAGCAGAUUUUGAGAAAGUUCAUGGAAGGAUGAAACCACGGCUGACGUGAACUGUAAUGGUUGAACACUUAAGAAUCUUUACACUCGUAUGUAUUUAGCUCAGGGAAUCAUGUCAGCCCAAUCAUAAGUGAGUGCAGCUGUCACGAUUGAGAGGAGUGGCAAAAAAAACUUCAAAAUUAGAAUUGAGUACAUGCAUUCAUGCAUAGAAAGAAUCAAAAGUUUAUCAUGAAAUUUGAAUAGAAUGAAAUGUAUACGUUGGAUCUAGAAACAGAAUACAAUACUGUGAAUAAUAGGAAUAUCAUCGUAGGCAUAACCCAUCUGAGGAACUGCACAGCCGUUAUAAUAGAGAAAACUGUUGACAAUUUUAGGUCUUAAGUUUUGUGUACAUUUUGUGGACCAACUAGGAAAACUGACAGAUUACAUUGGUAUUUGAACAAAGCAGAUAAAUUUCUAAAGAAACUGUGAUGCUGCGUCGGUAGGAGAGCAUAAUAAGGUUAUAUUGAUUUAUCAACUGAGUUGGUAAUGUAAAUUGGCCAUCGAGCAUUCAGCCCUUUGUCAAAGCAACUUAAGUAUUUGAUUUGUUACUUUUUUUGGACCUGACUUUGUAUAUCUCACACUAGCAUUGCAACGAUGUUAAACUAACUGACCACUGAAUAGAAACUUCCCAUAAAUUAUUCAGUCACAUUGAAUAAAGAGAAAAAUGA